GAAGCAACGGUGAUGGAGAGGACGAGGGCAUAGAAAAGACAGCCGGCGCCGCCGCUGUCGGCUUACUCCCUUCCCCUUUCUCUUCCUUCCUCACUUCCAUCGAGCUUCGGCCAAGAUAGUCGUUCCUUUGUGCUUUUCGGCAUUGUACUCUCUGUCUUUUUCUUCCCGGAAUAUCUAUUCCAGUCCACUCUUUAGUGCUUCUGCCGUUUCUGCCCCUUUCCGCGAUGCGUUUUGCGACCUACGGCUCCACGGCCGUGGCCGUGGCGGCCUCGCUCGCCAGCGCCAGUUCGGUUUCGACUCCGGCUGAGCGAUCUCUCCUCAACCUCGACCUGUCUAAGGACCUCGGCGAACCCAUCUCCGCCAGCAUCGAUCUGGGAGUAGACCUCAGCGAUACCGUCCUUCUCGCUGGUGUUGUAGCCGGCGUUGCUGUCCCACCGGUUGUCGGUGUCGGCGCCGACGUCGAGGUCGCCAUCGUUUGUGACACUUGCUAUACUAAGGGUAACAUCGAAGCCAGCAUCUCGUUCGAUAAGGUCGUCCCCGCUCUCAGCCUGUCCCUGACCGACAUCGAGGCCAAGCUUGACCUGGAUAUCAAGAUCGGCGCUGCCGCUACCAUCGCCGUCAACCUUUUCGCCCCCGUUAAGCCAAUCUCCCUGCCCCUGCCGGGCCUUAAGGUGGAGGCGCUCGUCUAUCUCGACCUCGUCCUCGGCGUCGAGACCGCCAUUGAUCUUUCCGCCGGUAUCGAGGUUCAACUCGUCGACGAGGCUUUCAUCGAGACGGAUAUCUUCGCUGGCAAGAUCUUGGACGCCGCCUUCUCCGGCCUCUCUGUCAAGGUUCUCCCCAUCGAGGUCCGGAUUGGCUGCACAAAGUUGCUGGCUGACCUUCGUCUCCGUGUCGAGCUGGGCGUCGCUGCUGAGCUCGAUCUCGACGAUAUCGUCCCCAUCCUCGAUCUUCCUGAGAUCGGCGCCGGCCUCGAGGUUGCCGUCUUCGCCAAUCUUCUCGAGUACAUUGGUUUCUUCUGCGCUACCCCCGAGUGCCCGCUCUCGAAGGAAUCGUACGGCCUGAACAUCGGUGCCGCAGUCGAGCUCGAUGUCUCUAUCGAGGACCUCCUCUCUGUCCACCUGGCUCCUACGCUCUCCACCGCUCUCCUGAGCUACCCCACCGCCACUUUCUGCCAGCACCCGACGUACUCGCCUGUCAUCCCAACCGUCGUCCCGACCUUGACUGCCAGCAUUCCCUACGGAAGCUCUUCCACGUUCCCUGGCAGCAGCUCCAGCGGCUUCGUUACCGCCACCGGUUCGGCCUCGUACUCGGCUUCAGUUUCUCUUACUAAACCGGCCAUCCCGACGCUUCCCACUCUUCCCAGCCUCCCCAGCCUCCCCACUGGUAGCUCUGGGUCUGCGUCUGCCACCGUCCCCGGCUCUCCUUCUAGCAUCGAGACUUCCUCCUAUGGGGGCCCUACCGGCGGUGCUUCGUACCCUGCUGGCGAAGUCUCGACUCCUGCGGCUGGUAGCGUUUCCACUCCGGCUGCUGGCGUUUCCACCCCUGCUGACGGCGCGUCGACCUCCGCCGGUGCUUCCACGCCUGCUGUCUCCGCGACGUCUGACGCUUCGUCCGCCAUCACGCCGGCCCCUAUUGGCGGUGUCAUUACCUCCACUAUCACCAACGUCCAGACCUUCACGGUUACUGCCUGUGCUGCUAACGUUCCUAACUGCCCGGCCGGCUACCAGACCGCCCAGACCGUCGUACACACCACCGUCUACACUACCGUGUGCCCGGCCACUCAGACCGAAGCUAUCACCUCCCCGCCCAAGCCCACUCACACCAAACCCGUCACUCCCGUGACGUUGACCAAGACCGUCGUCACCCUUGAGCCCUGCUCUGAGGUUUCGUCCUUCACUCCCCCCGUCAACGUCCCUACUCCUCCUUUCCCCACGAGCCCCGUUGCCCACACUGCUCCCGUCACCACGCCCACCGGCGGAUCCACCAACGGGCCUUCGAGCCAGGCGGUUCCCUCUCCCUCCGCGCUCACGCCCGCCAGCUCGCCUUCUGUUGGAACCCCGGUCGGUGUUCCGACUCCCGUCGGAUCCCCUUCUACCGCGGCCCACCUGACCACGGUCCCGCCGUACCCGACUCACCCGAUCGGCUCUAACGGUACUGUGCCGCACACUUCGCUGGAGACCUCCGUUCAGCCCAGCGUCAGCGUCCACUACCCGACUGCCAGCUACCCGGGCGAGACCCCCAUCGCCACUGCGGGUGCCGCCAGGGUUGGGUCCGGCAUUGCCGGCGCACUGGCCGCCGCCGGCGCUUUCGUCGCUCUGAUGUAAGAGGUAUACAAGGCUCGGUUGGUUAGGAGAAAUUCAUAAUUCAUAAUGUUUCAUUGUCAAGCAAUCGAGAGGACGUCAUAAAUAGCUUCGGUAGAUACCAAUUAUGUUCAUGAUCCCUUGUAGAUUUAGUACAACAAUCUUGGUCUCUGCCGCGCGCUGGUCCUUGGAAGCAUGCCCGUGGUUGUGAUUACUUUCUGCUUUGAUUCGACUCGUGCGUCCCUGUGUCAGUUAGCUAAGUCGCGGUCUGGGU